UUGCAUUUGUAUCUAUUGCUUUCGGUCGUCAUUGUAAUUCAUUUUGCUUCUGACACAAUUUGUCUAAUUUAGUUUUAUUUCGCACAAUUUCCUAAAUUGUACUGAAUUUUUAAAAAAAAUUAUAUAAAAAAGAACGGUCUGCAAGACUUUUAAGAAACCACUCGUCGGGAAUUUACAUAGUAAAUUGAUAAGACAUGUCGUUCCAUUUGAGCACAAAGGAGCGUCUAUUACUUUUGUUAGACGAUAUUGAAUUGGUAGCAAAAGAGCUUAUUGAAAAUACUGUCGCGCCAAAGCAUCAGAAAAUCUCAACUGCUGACCAUUCAGCGCUUGUGGAUUUACUGGUGUCAAAAGAUGAAGAAUUCCGAAAAAUGCUUGAACUGGCCAACGAACAGGCUAAAAUUGAACAGAAAAUGGACGAAUUACGCGCUAAAGUUGAAGUGCACGAUCGUGAAAUACAAAAGCUGCAAAAAUCUUUGAAGGAGGCAGAGCUUAUACUUUCAACCGCAAUUUUCCAAGCACGACAAAAGCUAGCCAGCAUUAACCAAGCCAAAAAGCGACCCGUAUCCUCAGAAGAACUUAUAAAAUAUGCACAUCGCAUUAGUGCUGCAAAUGCAGUGAGCGCACCGCUUACUUGGUGCAUUGGCGAUGUGCGACGUCCAUAUCCCACCGAUAUCGAAAUGCGCAAUGGUUUCUUGGGUAAAUCAGAUCUAAAUAUAAAUGGGGGAGGUGUGGCACAUCAAAAUAAUGUACCAGAAUCACAACGUAGCAUGACGGAAGUGCCCAAUGCCUUUCAAAAUCAAUUCAAUUGGAAUAAUCUGGGCGAAUUGCAUAUGUCUAUGGGAUCUACGGGUAAUUCUGUUGCUUUGGAGACACGUGCUCACAAAGAGGCUUCUCAAGAUGAUGUCGAAGUCAUGUCGACGGAUAGUUCUAGUUCGAGUUCCAGCGAUUCACAAUAA